GCCGCAGCUCAUUAUUAAAUCGGACUUCCCGAGACCUGUAUCUUUUCUCGAGAAACGAAAUGAAAUCGUUUGUUGGUGUUCUUGCGUUGGCCUCUACACUGGCCGUGGUUAGCAGUGCCCCAUAUGUUAUUUUCCUUGAGGAAGCACCAAUACGUGUGGUUCGUUCGGCGAAUGUAGGUGAAGCGUCCGGUAGUGCGGCAAAUGCUGGAGCCCAGUCGUUCAAUCAAGGCGGUGGUUUCCCAGGAUUUGGAGGAAAUUUUGGUGGUGGCCUAUCGGGAUCGGCUGCUAAUGCCGGUUCUCAGUCGUUCACUCAAGGCGGUGGAUUCCCCGGCGGAUUCGGAGGUGGUUUGAGCGGUAGUGCUGCCAAUGCCGGAGCACAAUCAUUCACGGAGAAUGGUGGAUUCCCCGGCGGUUUUGGAGGUGGCUUGAGCGGUAGUGCUGCCAACGCUGGAUCCCAAUCAUUCACGGAGGGUGGUGGUUUCGGAGGUGGCUUGAGCGGAAGUGCUGCCAAUGCUGGCACACAAUCGUUCACGCAGGGUGGUGGAUUCCCUGGCGGCUUUGGUGGAUUCUCUGGAUCGGCGGCUAAUGCCGCAUCGCAAUCGUUCACCCAGGGAGGAGGAUUCGGAGGUGGUUUAAGUGGCAGUGCGGCAAAUGCUGGAAGUCAAUCAUUCGACUCCGGGUUCGGUGGAUUGUCCGGUAGUGCAGCCAACGCUGCAGCUCAAUCCUUUACCUAGGGUGGCGGUCUUUCGAUUGGAGUGCAUUAAACGUGAUGAAGAAAGGCACACUUGACUGGGCUAGCUCACUGGACUGAUCCUUCGGAUAUGCGAUUGGAUGAUGAUUAAUGUAUUUACGAUGGGUGUGUUUUUGUAACUCAAAACUGUCGAUUAAGAUUUUUCAAAGUUGAGUGGUCAAUUUAUGGACCAAUAUGAAUGUUUUGAAACAUUUUAGGGCAACUUGUGAUGAUGGUUUCAAUAAAAUGUAUGUUGAUUGAGAUGAUAUUUAUGAAAACUAA